AUGUAUGGGCAGAUCCUCCAUCCGCACAGCGCUGAUGAUGAUUGCUUCAUUAAUGUCAAUGUUGGUGGUUUCAAACAACGAAUGGAGCACAACGUUCUGAAACGAUUCCCACAGACUCGUCUGGGUCGCCUCCUGUGCUGCAGCUCCAAAGAAGCAAUCCUGGAGCUCUGCGAUGAUUUCAGUCCCUCUGAUAUGGAGUACUAUUUUGACCGAAACCCACGUUUUUUCUGCUAUGUGCUGAACUUUUACCUCACAGGCAAAAUCCACCUGGUGGACGGGUUGUGCAUAGUGUCAUUUUUUCAAGAGAUUGAGUAUUGGGGCAUCAAGGAGCGCCACCUGGACUUCUGCUGCAGCAACAAAUACCAUGAACUAAUGGAGCUUGCCGAAGAUAAGUGCUGGGAUCAGAGGAGCGAUGAGACACAGCUUGGCUCAUCUGUUGAAGAGUUGUCAUAUUUGGAGGAAGAUGUAGAAAUCUUUGAAGGCUCCUGGUGUGCAGACGUUCGCAGGAAUAUCUGGAUUCGACUUGAGAAUCCAGGGCACUCCACUUCAGCUAAGGUGAUGGCUGUAGCUUCCCUAGCUUUGGUCAUUAUCUCAAUUCUAGCCAUGUGCAUCCACAGCAUGCCGGACUUCCAUCAAGUGGACCUCAACGAGAAGGAGAUUGAAAACCCAGUGCUGGCUUUCUUUGAGAGCCUCUGUAUUGUUUUUUUCUCUGCAGAAUUCAUUCUUCGUCUGGCUGUUGCACCAUCAGCCAGAAAGUUCUUGUGCAGCCCUCUCAAUAUCAUCGACUUGAUGUCAAUUAUGCCCUUCUAUGUCACAAUAGCCUGUGAUAUAAUGGAUGAAGGUGAGAGCACAGACUUGGGGAAUGUUGGCAAAGUGGUGCAGAUCUUAAGGUUGAUGCGAGUGUUUCGCAUCCUAAAACUUGCUCGCCACUCGGCAGGCCUACGCUCUCUUGGUGCCACACUGCGACACAGCUCCAGUGAAGUAGGACAGCUGGUGCUUUUCUUGUCUGUGGGCAUUUCCAUGUUUUCUGCUCUCAUUUACUUUGUGGAGAAAGAAACUCAAGAGUCAGAGCUGCAGACUAUGCCUAUUGGCUGGUGGUGGGCCACCAUUAGCAUGACUACAGUGGGCUACGGGGACACUUUUCCUGUCACGCUUGCUGGAAAACUGAUAGGAACGUUGUGCAUUAUCUGCGGGCUGCUAAUAGUGGCUCUGCCCAUUACUAACAUCUUCAAUAAAUUCUCCAAGUUCUAUCAGAGGCAAAAACAUCUGUAG